AUGAGUAUCAAUGAAUAAUUGUUGCAGAUGAUGACAGACGUAAGUAUUUAGAAGGCUAUGUAGAUUUGUAGCACACUUAGAUAGGAACCAGCUGUAACGAAGGAGUAGAGUACAUAAGAGAUUCUGAAUGCACUCAAACUUCACAUCUUUAUACUACUCGAAUUAGUAUCUCAAAACAAAAGCCUCGAAUAUGAUGAAUUAGAAAAGGCUGUAUAAAAGGCUGAAGCAGAGAUUCGUUCUCAUGUUAGGGUAUCAAAGUUGGCAUAAUUUUAGUUAGAAUAGUAGAUGAAACUUUAUACUGAUAAUUUACAAGAGAAGAUUGAAUAGCUUGAAUAAGAAAAAUAAUAAAUUGAAGUACAAUAAUUGUAAUACUAUUUUAGUAAGAUCGUAAAGCAUCAACUUUACAAUUAAAUUUCUUAUCUUCUAAAGAAAUUGAAAAGAAACCAUCAAAUUUGUCUCAACAACGUGAAGGAAGUCCUAACAUAAUUAAGAAAUCUUAUAUAAUGGGUAAUCAAAUCUAUCAUCGUUAACAUUAAUCAAAUUUAAUAACUUAUUAAGAUUAAUAAAUACCAAAUAAAAAUACCUCCUAAGAACCUAUAAAUAGAGAACGUAGAAGUGCAAAUACUUAGCAUAUAAGUUAUAUUCCAGGAAAAGGACUGCCAUUAAAGAACAAUGUCUCUCAUUAAAAUAAUUCUAUACACAAUCCUCCAUCAAAUAGAAAAGAUGACAGAAAUAAAUCACAAUAAUCUCAAGAAAGAAUUAUUGAUAAAAGCUAAUCAUUAUUAAAAUCUUAGAAUAGCUAUUCCUACAUUAAAAUGUAUAAUAUCCAAAAAUUGAUAAUAAAUAAAAAUUAAAAUGAUAAUAUUAAGUAGGCAACAUAAUUAACUUAAUAAACAAAAAGGUAUUAUUUAAUCAAUAUAAUCUUAGUAAAACUAUUCAUGGAGUAUGUAACAAUAUUUUAGAUGAAUCUCAUUAUAAAAAGAAAUGA